ACUGAGGAGUCUAUAAUGUGCUGUUUGAAGGAUGAGAAUGACGACGACGACGACUGGAACCCGUGUAAGGCUGCUGGCGUUUGUCUGAUGCUUUUAGCCACGUGUUGUGAGGACGAUGUGGUGCCACACGUGUUGCCCUUCAUCAAAGAGCACAUCAAACACCCCGACUGGCGCUACCGGGAUGCCUCGGUCAUGGCCUUCGGGUCAAUCCUGGAGGGUCCCGAACUCAACCAGCUCAAACCGCUCGUCAUCCAGGCCAUGCCCACGCUCAUCGAGCUGAUGAAGGACCCCAGUGUGGUGGUGCGGGACACGACAGCCUGGACGUUGGGGCGCAUCUGUGACCUGCUCCCUGAAGCUGCGAUCAAUGAAAUGUAUCUGGCCCCGCUCCUGCAGUGCCUGAUCGAGGGCCUCGGGGCCGAACCACGCGUGGCCUCCAACGUCUGCUGGGCCUUCUCUAGUUUGGCUGAGGCGGCGUAUGAAGCGACCGACGCUGCGGAGGAUCAGGAGGAGCCCAGCACAUACUGCCUGUCCUCAUCCUUCGAGCUCAUCGUGCAGAAGCUGCUGGAGACCACGGACAGGCCCGAUGGACAUCAGAAUAACCUGCGCAGUGCAGCGUACGAGGCCCUGAUGGAGAUCGUGAAGAACAGUGCAAAGGAUUGUUACCCAGCGGUGCAGAAGACCACACUGGUCAUCAUGGAGCGACUGCAGCAGGUCCUGCAAAUGGAGUCUCACAUCCAGAGCACAUCAGACAGGAUCCAGUUCAAUGAUCUACAGUCUCUCCUGUGUGCCACCCUGCAGAACGUGUUGCGUAAGGUUCAGCACCAGGAUGCGCUGCAGAUCUCGGAUGUGGUGAUGGCGUCUCUGCUCCGCAUGUUCCAGAGCACUGCCGGUUCUGGAGGCGUUCAGGAGGACGCGCUCAUGGCCGUCAGCACGCUAGUGGAAGUUUUGGGCAGUGAUUUCUUGAAAUACAUGGAAGCCUUCAAGCCGUUCCUGGUCAUCGGGCUGAAGAACUACGCAGAAUAUCAGGUGUGUCUGGCUGCGGUGGGGCUGGUGUGUGAUCUGUGUCGAGCACUGAUGGCCAAUAUUCUGCCUCACUGUGAUGAAAUGAUGCAGCUAUUGCUGGAAAAUCUGGGUAACGAGAAUGUGCACAGGUCUGUGAAACCCCAGAUCCUGUCCGUCUUUGGUGAUAUUGCCCUUGCCAUUGGAGGGGAAUUUAAGAAGUACCUGGACAUUGUGCUGGACACACUGCAGCAGGCCUCGCAGGCACAGGUGGACAAGACAGACUAUGAUAUGGUGGACUAUUUGAAUGAGCUGAGAGAAGGCUGUCUGGAAGCUUACACUGGGAUCAUCCAGGGCUUGAAAGGAGACCAGGAGAAUGUACACCCCGAUGUAAUGCUGGUACAGCCUCGUGUCGAGUUUAUCUUGUCUUUCAUCCAACACAUUGCUGAGGACGAGGACCGCUCUGACGGGGUGGUUGCCAACGCCGUCGGCCUCAUAGGUGACCUGUGUACAACUUUUGGGAAAGACGUGAUGAAGCUGGUAGAGGUUCGACCACAGAUCAACGAUCUGCUGACUGAAGGACGGCGGUCCAAGAUCACAAAGACCAAGACUUUAGCCACAUGGGCCACGAAGGAGCUGCGCAAGCUGAAGAGCCAAGCUUGACGUCGAAGCAGAAGUGACGUGUGCGCUGAGAUGAGUGUCUGAGAAUGUGAGCGAGUGAGAACGAGUGCGAGAGACAUCACACCACCUUCAGAGAGUAACUCCAGCAGUUGUCGGCAGAAACUCAGCGGCCUGUGACCUUCACCUCUUCAUGUGCAGAACUGUCUGACCCCACAAAAAUUAUUAAAAAUGAUCUACAUUCUGUACACACUUGUGUUUGAAAAGCUAGUGCAUCAUAUUAUUACAGACUUGCCAGCUAAAGGACUGUUGUUCAUGUGCGUCUGCAGAACACAUCUCUGAGGUGUAGCGACUGCAGAUUGUUCCCUACUACACAAUUCAUUUGUCAGAAGAUAUGACGAAAAGGAGAUGCUGCUGGAGUUUAUAAUGGCGUGACUAGAGUGUGAGUGUGUGAAUGAACGGAGGGGAAGCUGUUUCCACAUCCCCUCUUACCAUUUCAACCAAUAAUAAAUAUCUUGUUUGCAAAUUCCGUGAGAUGCACUUAUGUAAACCCAGGAGAGCAACAGGCAGGAUGGGCGGCGCUUGGGUGAACUGGCGCUGAGCUUCGUCAUGCUUUCUGAAAGUCAAUUGCUGCAGUAUAUAUUUUUCCCCCGUCCCCUUUUUUUUUUACUAAAUAAAAAUAAAUGGUUCUCUUAUUAGUAUGGGUAUGCAGAGCUUUCCUCUGUCCUAGGAAGGGAGACUUCGGCCACUCGAGCGGAAGCUCAGGCCGAGCGCUCCGGGUUCGAAAGCUUCAGGAAUUACACUUCCACAUCCGACUUUAUUCUCCAUUUGUUUUGCAGGAGAAUGAGUGCCAAAUCCUUGUGGAUUCCAAUGGACUUGAGCUUAAUGUUAAUAUGUAGGAGAUGCAAAAUAAACAUGUCAACAAUGUCACAAAUUCAUUUGCAUUGUUAUGCUUUGGUUGUAAUUUUUUUUUUAUUUGUUUCCUGCGGCACUUAAUUGGAGUCAUUCACCGAGCUUUUAAAAAGAGACAAUGGACAGAAUCAGACAUUUGUAUGAGGUUAUAUUUUUCCAUUGAUAUGAAAAUAAACUUAAAUUAAACCUU